GAGAGUCACAUUGGUGGUCCACCAGUAAUCCACAGAGAUCAACAUUCCCACAGAGAGAGAUCUGAGGACACAGAGAGUGCGGGGCAGAUGGAGGAUCCUGCAGAUUCUGGCGGUGGUGCAGCAUCGGAGGGCCCCGCGAUGCAGGUGGCAGAUAUCUGCUGGCCGAGCGGGGCUCUCCCUCUACGGCUCUUAGAGUGGAAAGUCAAACCCGGUUCUCUUGUUAACUUGGACUCCGUGCUAGCACUGUGCGCUCCUAUAUCUCAAGAGAAAGGGACAGAGGCUGCCAGGCUACCGGAGAAAAAGGUGAAAUCGGACCGAGCUGGAGUAGUCAAGGAGCUUUGCUGUCAACUUGGACAAGUUAUACCUCCCGGAGGUGUCAUUGUCCGGGUAGAAGAAUGCAGCCAUCCGAUAGUAAUGAAGGGUUUAUGUGCUGAAUGUGGCCAGGACCUGACUCAGCUGCAGAGCACAAAUGGGAACCAGCAAACUCCUAUCUCCACAGCAACCGUCUCCAUGGUGCACAGUGUCCCUGAGCUGAUGGUCAGCUCCGAGCAAGCGGAGCAGCUGGGCAGAGAAGACCAGCAGAGACUCCACCGGAACAGAAAGCUGGUCCUGAUGGUGGACCUGGACCAAACGCUGAUCCACACCACUGAACAGCACUGCCAGCGUAUGUCCAAUAAGGGCAUUUUCCACUUCCAGCUCGGCCGAGGAGAGCCCAUGCUCCACACGCGACUGCGCCCACACUGCAAGGCUUUCCUGGAGAAAAUCGCCAAACUCUACGAGUUGCACGUCUUCACGUUCGGGAGCCGCCUUUACGCACACACCAUCGCUGGCUUUCUGGAUCCUGAAAAGAAGCUUUUCUCUCAUCGGAUCCUUUCCAGAGAUGAAUGCAUCGACCCUUUCUCCAAGACGGGGAAUCUUAGGAAUCUCUUCCCCUGUGGUGACUCCAUGGUCUCCAUAAUCGACGACCGAGAGGACGUGUGGAAGUUUGCACCUAACCUCAUCACGGUGAAGAAAUACAUCUACUUCCAGGGCACAGGGGACAUCAACGCUCCCCCUGGAUCACGGGAAGCUCAGAUGGCAAAGAAAGCAGGAGGCCCGCCCAGUCGACCAGCGGAGAGCGCCGAACCAGCAGGGACGCUCGGUGGCGACGAGCAAAAUAACGGCCCCAGUAAAAGGGCCAAAGACCAGAACGUUUCUGGAAUCGAAGAGACCACGGCGUCUCAGUCCUCUCAGGAAGUACCGACAAAUGAACGGACGCAUCCCACGGGGGUUGUGGAGGAUGAAUCGGGAUGCGGCAAAGGAAACUCCGAAGCUCAGGCGGGCGACCGAACAAACGCUAAGGAAGACGAUAGCAACAGGAUGCUGGCGGCACACGAGGCGCAGGACAGCGCAAACUCAUCGGCGCCGAGCCACGGGUCCAACAACUUGGACUUUGACCUUUCCAGUGACAGUGACAAUGACUCCGUCACAGAAAAGCCACCCUCACCCGUGAGUGACAGUGAGGCCAAGUCUCGCCAGGCGAAGAAGUCCGGGCAGGAAGGAGUCACGCAAGAGCCCGGGGACGGGCCAAAGGAAGGGGGCGGUAAAGGCCCGAGUGAAGCACAAACCGGUUCGGACGCAGCAGAACCUUCAGGAGUUCUUCUCCCGGACCCCGAGCUGGGGAACGGCUGCUCGGAUAGGAGAGAGCCAGAAACGGAGUCCCAGAACAGCGAACAAUCUGGGGUGACCAUGGGCGAGGAGCUGCUGGACCAGAGCAUGGAGGAGGAGGAGGAGGAAGAAGAAGAAGAAGAAGCGGAUAUCGACCAGGACGAUCACCUGAUCUACCUGGAGGAAGUGCUGGAAAGGAUCCACGCAGAGUACUACGCCAGGUACGCGGCCUACCUGAAGAAGGAGACCUCGGAAAUGCCGGACAUUCGCAAGAUUGCCCCGGAGCUGAAAAGCAAGACGCUGGAGGGCACGACGAUCGUGUUCAGUGGCCUGUACCCGACCAACUACCCCAUGGAGAGAACCCGGGAGUUCUACCACGCCAAAGCACUGGGGGCCAAGAUUAGCAAGAACCUGGUUCUCAGCUCUCAAGAUCCCAGUCGUACAACGCAUCUCAUCGCAGCUAGAACUGGCACAGAGAAGGUUCGUCAGGCCCAAGGCUGCAAGCACCUCUUUGUUGUCAACCCCGACUGGCUGUGGAGCUGUCUGGAGCGCUGGGAGAGGGUGGAGGAGCAGCUGUACCCACUAAAGGAGGACUAUUCCAAGACGCCGAGGAGUAACAGUCCAGCAGCAUUACCUGACAUGCAGGGUUCCCUGCAGAAGCAUAUUUUCCACCCAGCUCCCAUCCAGCCCAGACCUCAACCUGCAGCCCCGGAGGUUCGGACCUACGACCCCGUCACAGGGAAGCUGAUCCGCAGGGGCCCUCAGGCGCCUCGGCCCUCAUCCUACCUCCAGGCGUCGGGGUCUGUGAUGCACUCUGAUCACAGAGAGCAGUCUUGUCUCAGGGGGACUUCACCGAGUCAGCAAGACGACGCGGCGGGGUCCAGCCAAGACGACGAGCAGCCGGGGCCGUCUCGUCGGAAACGGCAGCCGAGCAUGUCCGAAAGCAUGCCUCUAUACAUGCUAUGCAAGGAGGACCUGGACAGCAUGGACAGAGAGGUGGACGACAUGUUAGGUGAGGAGAGCGACAACGAAAGUGAGGGCCGGGGGAAGGAGAAGCCGGGUAAUGAGGAGGCGGAGGAUGAAGAGGAGGAAGAGGAGGAGCAGCAGCCGGCAGCUGGACAGAUAGCCGAAGGAAGGCUCAGUCCUCAGGACGCAAGCUCGGAAGAGAGGAUCCAGACGCCAUCCAGUGAGGCCAGUGUGCCGGCUAGUGUGCCAAGAGGCCACAAACGUAAGCACGAUGAAGGUAAGGAGGAGGCGGAGGAAUCUGCCGACGAGUCUUCUAAAGACUCCAACGAGGAAGAGGGAGGAAGCAGCUCAGAGGCGGACGAGAUGGCCGCUGCCUUGGAGUUGGAGCUCAAUGACUUUAUGUGACGUGGAGAACGAAGGGACUCAGUCACAGGAAAAGGACAACAACAAAAAAAAAAUCAGCCCCAGUCGCCUCGAAAGUGGUACCUAAAAAUCCUAUUUUUCUGCUUUGGAAUCUGUGUGUACUUAGGAUGUAUGAGCCAUGAAUGUGUGCUGUAAUAAAAAUGAAUGUCCUGUACAGAAAUGACAUGUUGCUGUGUAAAUAAAAGGCUUAGAUUUUUUUUUUUUGUAGCAUUGAUAUAUGGCCUUUUUUGGCACAAAACCAUUUGAUGUUAACAUUUUAUUGUAAGAUAACAAACCGUAGGAGACAUGACAUUUGAUAUUUUUUUUUUUUUUCUUUUACUUUUUUUUCUAUUUCAAUUUUUAUAUUGAUGAGAAAAAGAUAAAUGAAAUUCUAAAGCUUAAACUUUCCUGGUCGUACAUGCCAAAGAGUUUGGAAUAGGUUUGCCAAGGGCGUGCAGCUAAAUAUUUUACUCUGGACUUCCAGUUUUACUUUUUCGUUUUGGCCUCUUUAACAGGUUGUUAGGGUCAUAAAUGCUACCAGCGGAUCUAGACGUUUUGAAUGUGUUUUUACCGAGUCAUUUCUUCCUACUCGUGGUGUUUGUACAUUUGAUAACAUAAUGGUAAGGUAAGCUUCUCCAGUCUUUUGUGAUAACCAGCCCAUUGGUGCACUAUAACCGUGAACAGAAUCAAACUGAACUCCCAAGUUGUGUCCAUUUUCAUGUGUUUCAUAAGCUUGGUCAACCCAUCUCCACUAUCUAUCCAGUUCAGAAGGACAUGAUGCUCUCACUAAAGCCGUUGCUUACUGUGUGUACACUGGAGCUUGUACCUUUUGCUAAUCCUGUUGCCUCAGAGGGUAAGUGACAAACUUUUUUUUUUUUUCACUUACCUUUAGUGUUAUGGAAAUGCAGAUAGUUUUUUGUGGGUUUUUUUCUGCCCAAGUUUUUAAGGUCUGCAUCUCUGAGGCUUCUGCCUCCACUCCAGGACAAUGGUACAGAGCCACCAGGGGUUUCUUAUGGUAGAAAAAAUAUAAAUUGAUGUGGAACUACAACUAAACUAAGCGAAUGGCUGCUUCAGAGACAACGUGGCCACACUUUGGUUAAGGUUCGGGAAAUGUGGUUUAGGUUAAAUGUUACUAAACACACUGGGUCUUGUGUUGCAAGCUUCAAACUUCAGAUUAUUUUCUGUAUUGAUCUAAGACGAUCUUUCCCUAACCAAAGUGCUUUUGAAAAUGCGGCCGUCGCAACAAGCAGACAUUGUACUGCAAGAUCGGAUAUAAAAAAAAAAAAGAAAAUGGAAUUUCUCUGCAUUAUAUAUUUCCUUCCAAACAUAUUUGCCGUUACAAAUUAGCUGUAAAGAAAACAUAAUUUCUAGGAGUUGGGAUGCACAUAUUCCAGAAAUUGUAUUGGGAGGUUUAGACCGAAAGCAUCCCUGUUUAUAAAAAUGAAGAAGAAGGAGGAGCUGCAUCGAGUUUUCUCUGGAAAGUUAUCACGGUGAAAUAAGUCUUUGUUUUGUAGCAGUUAUUACGAGGUAAAUGGAAAUGCAGUAUUCACAUUUCAUAUGUAAUCUAGCAGGAAUGUGCGCUGGCUCCCGGCAUGUUCUUUAUCAGCCAACACAGCGCCAUCCUAGAUGAUGUUGCCUUGUUGGAAAAACUUCCGCCAGGUUCAACUUUUAUGCCAGGGCCCUCUCCGUUAAUUAUUUUUUUUCUACCAUAUGAACUCUUGGGCCCUCCUUCCAAUUCCCUUUGUGGUGCUCACGGCAUUACACUUUAAAUGAUUGAAAAGAUUCAAGUGCAACAUCUCUCUCCAGAGUUAUUGUCACUGUUGGUCAGGCUCAUUGACAAUAAACGCUGUUAACAUCUUUUUUUAUAGGAACUAAUUCUUAAGUAGAAAGUAGUUCCAGUGAAUACCUUUUGACAGCGACUUACAAGGAUUACGCAGAGUAAUGGGGACGUUGAUUCUGGAGAGAGAUGUGACUCUUGAAUUUUUGAAUAUCUUUGUCUAGUGAUUGAUCCACCAGAAACAAAAAUCCAUUCAUCUCUGUCGUAUUUGGGGUGGCAGUAGAAAUUUGAGACAACAAUCUCUGCAUGCCACAGUAGAUAAUCACUAGAGGUAAGUGAGAAAAUGUGUUCAAAGCUCCUCUCUUCUCGCUCUUUGGUGUCCUUUGGUUUAAACCAGCCUGGUUGGUAAAUGUAACCACGCUGCAUGCACUU